AUGAACGGGACAAGUGGUGGAAGAAGCACCGAUCUGCUGGCUGGCGUCCUCUCCGACCCCACUGCGGCAGGAUACAAGGUUCUCGGUGCCGUCGCCGCUGCCUACAUCUGCUACAAGCUCUUUUUUGCUGCCUCCAAGCCUCUGUAUUUCUUGCCAACGUGGGUGCCGCUCGAGAUCGCCCUCGCGACCUACCUGGCUUCGGCUGGAGGUUGGGGCCGCCGCAUCUAUUCCUUAUUCCGGCGUUAUGAUGGAUCCUUGUUUGGCCUUACGAGAUCUCACCAGGUCAUCAUUGAUCUGCCCAAUGCCGAUCGCUUCAUGACCCAGAGCGGUCACAGCUUGGAGCACCUCCCGGCCCAUUUGACUCUAAUGCUACGCGUCUUUGGCGCUGAUGAUUCACCCGAAUUUGUGGAAAAGGUCAAGGCCACGAUCAAGCCUCUUAUCAGUGUGGUUGAAAAGGAAUUCCUCAGCGAGGCUGCCUCCACGGCUGCCCUUGAGCGCGGUCAGGUUGUUUACAGAAUGUCGUCGCUUGUGUCCUUUACUGAGGACAUGGAUGAGAUGCAAGUGUGGGAGCGCGGCGCCAACGUCAAGGUCGUCAAGGCGAAUCUCCCAGGACAGUCUGGCGCCGUGGAGGCUGACUUGAUGGGUCUGAUUCGUGAUUUCGGAGCCACCAUAGCUAUCCCAGUCCUCUACGGCAAGGACUUUCUCCAGCGGAACCCAAAUCUUCUCGAGGACUUUUGGAAGUUUGACAAUGAUGUCUUCCCGCUGUUGAUGGUGGGAGUUCCAUCAUGGGCGCCGUUCAAGAUGAUGCAGGAGGGCCUUGCCGCUCGCAAACGGAUGAAUGAAGCCCUUCAUGGGCUGUAUCGUCGUAUUGAUCAAUACCAGAAAGGAGAGCCCGUCGACUUUGGUGCUGACAUGUCCGAUGUGGGCGCAGCCUUGGGACGAAACCUGGUCUACGACGAGUACAAUGUCACAUUCCAGCACCGUGCUGAUAUGGAUCUUCCGUUCCUCUGGGGCCAAAACGGCAACACGCAGCCACUCCUCUUUUGGUAUAUUCUCUACGUCUACUCGACUCCCGGCCUGGCGGAUGCGCUGCGCGAGGAGAUGGCUCCCCACGUGAGCCUGAGCGUUAAGGAUGGAGGUGUUGAGAUUGAGUCGGUCGAUAUUGCAGCCUUGAAUCGGGAGUGUGCAUUGAUGAAGGCUGCUCUGUUCGAAACCUUCCGUUUAGGCAGCGACCCAACCUCCAUCCGCCGUGUCGCCAAGCCCAUGGCCGUGUCUGAUGGCGAACACACACAUCAUUUGCCAGCUGGCAGCUUCAUCUCAACAGCUUGGGCUACCGUCCAGAGUGAUCCGGCCGUCUACCCGGAGCCACAAAAGUUUAUCCCGGAGCGAUUUCUAGAGUCUGAUACCGAAACUGGACGAAAAGUAGCCCGCUAUGGUCGACUACGACCGUGGGCUGUCGGCGGUGGAUCGUGCAAAGGACGUACCUUUGCCGAGAAGGAAAUACUCACCAUUGCUGCUUGCAUGCUGUGUGUUUGGGAGGUUGAGCCAGCUGGUGGGGAAUGGCAAAUACCCGCCAUGAUUCCUGGAACUGGCGCCAAAAGACCGGUGAACGACGUUCGUGUUAUAUUCAAAAGGAGGGUGUCGAAAUAA